ACGUAGUUAGGCAGCCUCCAUCGCCGGUUGUCUCUGCGAGAGACGAACUCGGUUUGAGCUAGUGGCGCUGCGGCUGCAAAUCCGAAGUCGGACUUUCCCGGUCUAUAAGGAGGGUUUCAACCGAGUGGCGGCUGUACUCGCUGGCACAUGUUCUGCGAGAUGACGCCUGUGUCUUGAAUCUGGAGAGGUCUCGACCAAGAUUUGGCACUCUCAACUCCCACCUGAUAUCUGCGUAUCAGAGUAUCUCGCUUUUCCCCUACUUUCCCCAAGCGCUGUUCCCCUGACUAGUCCCAGUUUUGGCCUGAUACUGCAUCCCUACCUUUAGGAUUACAUCCCCGAUUCCCAUUCUCUAUCUGACGUGUGGCUUUAUUGGGCUGUACCUCGGGUAUUCCGGGCUGGGAAAGCAAGGACACAAGACACCAGGAGGCAGCCUCGCAGAAGGUUAUGAGUAGGAGCCUGAGCUGGUCUGAGCACCUCGACGCACUUCUCAAUGCUACUGAUGGGAAUGUGGCCAGGAUUAAGCAGCGGCUGUAUCCUCUGGGAGUCUCCACAGCAGGAGACCUGGUUGGGACCUGGAUUUCCCCUCAUCACUUGCCUCCACAGUCUGGUGUCCAAGCUCGACAGCCUUGGGCUCUAGAGACUCCCUUUGUUCCAGAGAGGCUGAGUUGGGCUGAGGCCCAAAGAGCAGCUUCUCUCUGGGAUGAAGUUACUAUUCUUCGAUCCCAGCUUCAAUCCCAGGCUCAGGUGACUGAGGCACUAAGACAGUCUGUGCAGGGGCUGCUGGAAGACCGAGAGCAGCAGAAAUACCAGAUCUGUGCCCUGGAAGCAUCACUAAGGUUGCUGCAGGGAGGCCCAGAGCGGAGGGCCCUCCUCCUGGAGCAACGCCUGGAGGGGCUGAGAAGGGAACUGCAGGGCCUUCGAAGCCAGGUGCAGGAACAGGCCCAAGCCCAAAUACAAACAGGACCACGAAAGUGCAGUGCUUCUAGUGGCCUUCACCAAGAGCUGCAGAAUGAAUGUUGGUGCAGUUCCAAAGUGGCCAGGAGGGCAAGGGUCACACCCUGGAGGCUGCCAGGACAGAGGCACAGGAUGCCCGGCGUGAACACAACCUCCACAGGACUUCCGUUCACAUCCUGCAAUCUAAGCUGCCUGUGGCUGCCACCAUCGCCACAUCUCUUUCUUCAUCUAGCUCUGAAGUCAGUCUUCUGGACAAUCUCCAGAGGAGCACACUUUCUAAACUGGAGCCCAGCAGCUUACAGCUCUAGGCCCAGAGCCUUGAGCAGGAGAAUCUCUUCUUUAAGGGCCUCACAAUGUUCCUGAGUGACCUGCAAGGACUUGAGAGAGUAGUUUUGCUCACCUUCCCCUCCAAGGCCCUGUUUCUGGGCCCCCUGCCCCUCUUUCUUGAUCUAGUUGGUAUCUGUCCUCCCUACUGAGGCUUGUCACUGCCUGCCCAUCCCUGUCCACCAACUGCAAUAAAAUGUUUUAACCCUCCCUGA